AGUGCUGCAUAAAUAUCCAAGUUUUCAGAGGAGUACAAGUGACAACACACUACCAAGCAGAGAGCUUAAGAUUCUCUAACUACCAAUUCUUCCCUUGAAGAAUACCUAGUUAAUUAUUAUCAUUCAUGCAAAUAGAGCAAAGCCAGACUGACGACUUUCAUUCAUUCGAACAUGCAAAAACAGAGGUGAACAUUCCUGUCACAAAGCUAUCCAGGAACAGAUACGUGAAGUAAACACCGCGACAAUGGAAAGACCACUUGAGGCUACCAGGAUGGAAAAAAACACUUCCUGCUUUCUCAUGGAAAGAAAGACUCGUGUGAAGACCAGUAGGAAAGAGAUUGUGCUAGCCAAGCUGAGGAAGAGCUGCUCCUGCUCUCCAAGGAAACUGAAGAACUUCGUCAUGGACUUCCUUCCAGUUUUACGAUGGCUCCCCAAGUACCAGUGCAAAGAGUACAUCUGGGGGGACGUUAUGUCUGGGUUAGUGAUUGGGAUCAUCCUGGUGCCCCAAGCAAUUGCGUACUCACUCCUGGCCGGUCUGAAGCCCAUUUACAGCCUUUACACAUCAUUCUUUGCCAACAUCAUCUACUUCUUGAUGGGCACAUCCCGUCACGUCUCCGUGGGCAUUUUCAGCCUGAUAAGCCUAAUGGUAGGACAAGUUGUGGACCGAGAACUUAUCUUGGCUGGGUUCGACUUGAAUGAUGAUGCCCCACCAGUCUUGGGUGACGGCUCCCUGCAGAGUGACGGCCAGCCCAACACAACUGCCUUCAACCUGACCGCGGCGGGGAUGAGUGCCGCGUGUGGCAAGGAGUGCUACGCUAUCGGCAUUGCCACAGCCCUGACAUUUGUGGCUGGAGUCUACCAGGUUCUAAUGGGAGUCUUUCGUCUGGGCUUUGUAUCUAUGUACCUGUCUGAGUCUGUGCUAGACGGCUUUGCAACUGGUGCCUCCCUGACCAUUUUAACAGCUCAAGUGAAGUAUCUGAUCGGAAUAAAAAUCCCACGUAGCCAAGGGCACGGCAUGCUUGUAAUUACUUGGAUUAAUAUUUUCCGGAACAUUUCUCAGGCUAACAUUUGCGAUGUCAUCACAAGUGCCAUUUGCAUUGUAGUGCUGGUCGCUGCUAAAGAACUGGGAGAUCGGUACAAGCAUAAGCUGAAGUUCCCUCUGCCCACAGAGCUUGUGGUUAUUGUUGUGGCAACGCUGGUGUCACACUACGGAAACUUAAAUGAAGUUUAUGGAUCCAGUGUUUCUGGAGCUAUUCCGACGGGAUUUAUCGCCCCCGAGGUCCCACGUUUCAACUUAAUGCUCCGUGUUGCUGUAGAUGCUUUACCUCUCGCUGUGGUCAGCUUUGUCUUCACCGUCUCCCUUUCUGAAAUGUGUGCAAAGAAAUACGCUUACACCAUCCGGGCCAACCAGGAGAUGUUUGCCGUGGGGUUCUGCAACAUCAUCCCUUCUUUCUUCCACUCUUUCGCAACUAGCGCGGCUCUGGCGAAAACUCUCGUCAAGACAUCUACCGGCUGCCAGACUCAGGUCUCCGGGGUGAUCAGUGCCAUGGUGGUUUUGCUGGUGCUGCUCUUCUUGGCCCCUCUCUUCUACUCCUUGCAGAAGUGCGUCCUGGCUUGCAUCAUCAUUGUCAGCCUCCGAGGAGCCCUGAGGAAAUUCCGCGAUGUGCCGGCACGGUACCACGCGAACAAGGUGGACACGGUGGUUUGGGUGGUGACUAUGGCUGCCUCUGCCUUGGUCAGCACAGAAGUUGGGCUGCUGGUUGGUAUUGUCUUCUCCAUGAUUUGCAUCAUUGUUCGGACACAGCGGCCACGGGCAGCCCUGCUCGCUCAAAUCCAAGACACCAGCUUCUAUGAGGAUGACUUGGAAUAUGAAAACCUCUCCUCCAUUCCAAAGGUCAAAAUAUUCAGAUUUGAGGCACCACUUUACUAUGCAAACAGGAACUAUUUCCUAAAGUCUCUGUACAGACUGACUGGCUUAGACCCUAACCUAGAAGUGGCUAGAAGGAAGAAAUAUGAGAAGAAGGAAAAGCAGCAUGUGAAAAAGGAAGAUCACACAACUGCUAAUGGACUGGGCGGCGGAGACACCACCCUGCAGCUAGUUCCUAAGCAAAUCGAUUUCCACACUCUUAUUGUGGAUUGCUCUUGCAUCGCAUUUUUGGACACCACUGGAGUUAAUACUCUAAAGGAAAUUCUGAAAGACUACAAGGAGUUAAACAUUUCUGUUCUUCUGGCUUGCUGCAAUCCCGCAGUGAUAGACUCCCUGAAAAGAGGAGGCUACUUUGGGAAAGAUUGUGGAAGCAUGCAGGAAAUGCUCUUCUACAGCAUACACAACGCCGUGCAGUUUGCACAAGACCAAAAGCUUGCGGAAGAUUGUUCUGUUUAAUCCUGUGUUUCCCCUGAUGAUACACUUCAAAAGUGACAGAUGGGGAGGGGCAGUUUGCAAUAGUUAAAUUAUCAGACAUGCUGUGGUCCGUGUACAGCAACGGGCCUACAAAUCAUUUUUUCCUGAAGAGUUCUGUGGUUUGCUAGACGCUACAUAGAACAGUCAUUGGGGAUAUCGUCCAGGACCAGGCUGGAACAGAUUGGAUCACUAUCUGCAUCUUCACUGCAGCAUGCAGGUGAUGUGAAGGUGCUGUGAAGUCAAUCUUCAGGGCACCUUGGGACUGAUUUCCUCCCUUUGUCCUCACCGUGUGUGACCAAAUGUAUGUACCGUGAGACUGUUGUGCUGGGAAGUCUGCCCAGUGCCAGCUGCCUCUCCCAGCGGCUAAUGGCUGGGUUUAUUAAGAGGGAUGAGCCAUCUUCAAAAAAAUGCAAUGAAUCUAUCAUCUGGGACACAUAACAGUGUACGUGGCUUGCAAGGCCCUGCCUCUUCACUCAUUCCAGACAUGCUCCGAUGCAACUGCUACUGUUUGCAUACAAAUAACAUCUAUAAAAUAUUGUGGGAUGUAUUAUGUCUCUCCUCGUCGCUUUGAUUGCACGGGCUUAAUGACACAACCUGCCACACGAGAAGAAACCAUGAUUCACCACAAAUUCCUCUCAAAACCAUCUCCUCCAAAACAAACUCCUGGAGUCAUCUGUAUUAUUAAUUUCAGUGUGGGGUAAUUAGUUACUAAAAGUUUUGAUACCUUUAAUAAUGCAGAAAAAAAAAAACAUGACCCUGAUGAACAAUUUUGUUGUUACUAGUAGAACAGGAUAAAUGUGAUUAAUAAAACAGAAUGGCUUUGACUGACAAUCAUACAGUUACUGUAGUAGUAGUACCAUCCUGUCAAAAUGUGUUGCCUCUGUUGGGUAGAUUCAGCUUUAAUAUAAGGAUGAAUAAGGAUCACUGAAUAUAAACCCCAGUACUGUGCCACAGCAUGACAUGUUCCCACUACAACUGCCUGCAUGGGUGCGAGGGCAGGAGAAGAAAACAAGAGGGUAGGGUGGGAAGGUAAGUCUGAUCUGCCAAGGAGAGGAGCGAUGCAUUGCACAAAAAUGAUCACAUAAAAAAAAAAAAAAAGAUCACAUAAAAAAGCUUGUCUUCUCUGAUGCAAUGCUAAUGAAGUUUUACAGUAGCACACCUGGGCCAAGUGAAGUGAACAAUGCUUUGCAAGCUGUGUAUCCCCAUGUGCUAGAAAAAUCUCACCACUGUUUGUACAUAAUACACUUUUUUUUUCUCCCUACCAUGUUAGUCUUUGAUUAGAGGUCCAAUAACCCAUGUUUUACUGAAAUGGGUUACUUUUUAAUAAUAAUUUGCAUUAACAGCUGUUCGUUCUGCAUUGUGUCAAAUGAUACCCUUGGAGUCAUUUUUCUUGUUUUAUAUACAUGCUCUCUCUUCACAAAUACGCACACACCUAGAUUUUGACUGCAUCACUGUUGGUACUUAGUAUUCUAGCAUAUGGCAUUGGCAGAAUACCCUCUCUUACAUCUAAGCUCAUAAUUACCUGCAUAAAAGUUAGGUCAGGUGCCCUAACUUUCUCUUAGUCAUGGCUGGUUCACACAUGGAACAACGCAUGGAAGGAAACUGUCACAGCUGUGCCUUGUACACUUAGCAGACUCUAGGAAUAAGGUCUAUAUAUGCUGAAGCCAUUUCUCUGCUGUGUCAUUUAAAAAAAAUUGCUGAGCCAACACAUCAUGUGACUUGCUUAUUUCAACUUUUCGGGUCACUGAGUGAAAGAACACUCAAACCGAGGUUCUCCAGGUGCCCCAGAGCCUUUCUGGCUCUCAGGAACAAAUAUUUCAUUAAAGGAAAAGCAAUGCAUUCCCAAAAGACAAAAUAAAAAAUGUCUUCACAGGGAUUGAGAACAGCACAGAAUUUGGUAGGUGACUCAACGCUGACAUUCUUAUGUGCUCAUUACAAAACUGCGUAUCAGCUGCACAGUUAGCAGUGCCAGGGCAGUAAAACCUGACAGAAAUGCCUAUCGAGAGAUUACAGGAUUGACCACUGGCAGUGUUUUGAUGCCAUAAAACAAUUUAAUUCCAUAAUUCUUUAAAGUGCUGACUUGGUACGACAAGCUUAUUUCUAUCAUAAAAGCAAAUGAGCAGAGCCCAAGGACAAAGUGCUGCUUUGUGUCUGGUUUUCUUUGUAACAAUUCUUUGAUCAGGGAGUACCCCUUCUAAAGUCUUGCCAGGACCUCACAUGAGGAAGUGGGUUCACAGGAAUUACUGUAAACAAUUAGUAUCCAUACAGACACUCUUAGGCUGCUGUGACAAGCAUCACAGCAUCCAGUGCUGGAAGUCAACCUAAAUUGCUUCAGUCCAAAACCCUUUUAUCUUUAUGGGUCAAACUACCAACUAGGAACAAAAGGAAAAAAUACCUUUAACUCUAGAUUAAUCUUAAAAAAAAAAAAAAAAAAAAAAAAAAAAAAAAAAAAAAAAGAGCAACUCGUAAGGAAGGUGUAUCCUUGCAACAGUUUUUGAAGAAAAAUGAACAGAAGCUGCCCUGGCAGUCUUUCUUACCCAUCAGACUGAGAAAUUUAGUCAAGAGUCUCUUUUAUUUUUUUUAAUCCUACUUAUUGUAGGAAAAAAACAGCAAAGCAGGGAAACUAUUCUAUGCAUAACAGAGGGGAUGAGCUUUUAGUCUUUUGCUAGGAGGAACCUACCAACCACCAGAAACCAAAAGAACCACUGUCUGUUUCAGUUUCAUUGACAGAUCUGGCUCACAAUCAAGUUGUGUUGGACAACAUCAAACACAGCAGGGAAACAGCUUUCAGCCUUCUGAUGUAGGGACACUGGGAGGUUGUGAACUAUUUCUGAGUAUGCAAAAGGUAACUAAAAACGUACACCUUUUGUUCUGGCAGGUUAAUGUUUGCUAUACUACGUUACACCAAGAUUAUGUGUAUGACGACUGAAAAUGUUAAAAACUGCUGAUUCUCUUCUCUCCUGUGGUACCAGGAAUUAUGUACUGGGACUUGGGAGAGGAGCUGGGGAUAGUCUUGUAAUUACAAAUAGGUUAAUGUUAAUUUUGAAAUAAAAUUGUUAUAUGUCUAUUAGAAAACAUUAUAUCCAUUGUGUACAUUAACUAUAUUUUUUGUCCACUGUGGUGCCUUGCAUACAUAAUGUAUCCAACAAAUUUUAGUACUGCUACACAACAAUAAAAAAGGGACCUUCACCUGGGGACAGUCUGGGUCCCAUGGAGCUGGGCAUAGAGUUGGGAGCAUUUACCUUAAGCUCUCCUGUUGAUGAGUGCAGGAUGGCCAGACUAUGUGGCCACCAAAAUAGCUACAUUUAUUGGCACUGGUAAAUAACAACCUUGGAAUUGUCCAGUCCAUGGAAGAAACCUUGGGUUCCCCAUUACCCUGAAUCCUGUGUGGCAUGACCUGGAGACAAAUGUGUGCUUUUGGUUGGAAAAUAAAACUAGCAGUUCUUUGAAAACA